AUGGAUUUCAAGGGCAACUUGGAGCGUGUUAAAGAGUCCAUCAAGGAGGCGAAAGCUCAAGGCUGCACCUUCCGAACGGGCCCGGAGCUGGAGAUCACGGGCUACGGGUGCGAGGACCACUUCCUGGAGAACGACACCUUCUUGCACGCCUGGUCUUCGAUGGCCGAACUUCUCAAAACGGACCUGACGGAUGGCAUUCUCUGUGACAUCGGCAUGCCAGUGAUGCACAGGAAUGUCCCGUACAACUGCAGAGUUUGGGUUGUCAACCGAAGCAUUCUGGGAAUUCGGCCGAAGAUCUUUCUAGCAAACGAUGGAAACUACCGCGAGAUGCGAUGGUUCACCCCAUGGCACAUCGACCCCGGCAACCCUGGAUUCGGCGAGCUGGAAGAAUAUUUCCUCCCAAGGGAAAUCGCCGACAUUACCGGUACGACCAAGGUCCCCUUCGGAGUGUUCGCGGUGUCUACAAAGGAUACUUGCCUGGCAACAGAGACCUGCGAAGAGCUCUUCACACCGGAUGCGCCGCACAUCAAGCUGGCCCUGGAUGGUGUGGAAAUCAUCGCGAAUGGUUCUGGCAGCCACCACCAGCUGAGGAAGCUGGACAAGCGAAUUGACCUCGUGCGGGGAGCGACCUCCAAGAGCGGCGGAGUGUACCUUUAUGCCAAUGUGAAAGGCUGUGAUGGAGGCCGACUCUACUUUGAUGGCUGCUGCAUGGUGUGGAGCAAUGGCAAGCUGCUGGCGCAAGGCACUCAGUUCGGCAUGUUGGACGAGAUAGAGGUGGUGGUUGCGACGGUCAAUCUCAACGAUGUCCGCUCCAUGCGUUCGAACUUCAUUGCGCGCUCCUACCAAGCAUCCUCAGCGCCGACAAUACACCGUGUCGAGGUGGACUUCAGCCUUGGGCACCCAGACCCACUGUCCAUUUCCGAAUCGCAGCCCGUAGAGCCGCAGAUCGUCGGUCCGAUGGAAGAAAUCGCGUACGGACCAUCAGCAUGGCUUUGGGACUACCUGCGGCGCUCCGGGCAGCGCGGGUACUUUCUGCCACUAUCCGGUGGUGCCGACUCGUCCUCCACAGCAGCGCUAGUGGGGAUCAUGUGUCAGCGAGUUUUCCGUGAGCUGACAGAAGGUACCGAGAGGUCUCGGUCGGCAGUACUCGCAGACAUCCGGAAGGUGACACGGCGUCCCUUUUACACGCCACCUUCCUGGCAGGAUUUGUGUGGCAAGAUCUUCGUCACCUGUUACAUGGCCUCAGAGCAUAGCGGAUCGGAGACACGAUCUCGAGCAGAAAACCUUGCAAAACAGAUAGGUGCCAAUCACACAUCAAUAGCGAUCCGACCGAUAACUGAUGCAAUAGUGAAGGUCUUUCAGCAGUGCCACUUCGAGUCUGACAGGAUUGACAAGAACAAGGUGAAAUCCGAUGCCACUUGGAAUGCAAGCGGUACAGAAGACAUCGCCCUGCAGAACAUCCAAGCUCGAAGCCGUAUGGUCAUGGCCUACUUCAUGGCACAGCUCAUGCCCUGGGCCACUGACAAGGCAAUGAAGGGCGAAGCCGGUCCUGGCUGGGGAUCACUUUUGGUCCUGGGCUCUGCAAACGUAGAUGAAGCCCUUCGCGGGUACUACACCAAGUACGACUGCAGCGCAGCAGACAUUAAUCCCAUUGGUGGAAUCAACAAAAGAGAUUUGAAGGCGUUUCUGAAGUGGGCCGCCAAAGAGAGAGGAAUUGGAGAGCUGGAGAGAGUGGCGAACGCAGUACCAACCGCAGAGCUGCGACCAGACAAGGUGCGCGUUUUCUUGUCGGCUGUCGGGGAUGCCGCAGCCGUGGACACCGAAGACAUGCUGGUAGCAUUGGGUCGGAACCUUUGGGCCGCGGCUGACGAGCUGCUGGAGGUUAGCGCUGCUUUGUCUGCGGCCGUACCCAGAUCCGACAACCGCAAGUUUUCACCCCUUGGGUUGGGCGCAGCCGCGCUGGCGAUGAGGACUGCUGCAGACAACAUAUUGGAUGACGACUGGGAGGAUGCCAUGGGAGAGCUGGAGGUUGCUGCGGUUUCCUGUGAGGGCUACUUUCCCGCAGCCUUGAUGCAGGGCCUGGUCGACCUUUUCUCCUACGAGGAACCGAUCCCAGAGUGUGAGUGGAAAUCUGCUCGGCGUUCUUUUCGAUUACUGUCCAGGAACUUGCUCAGCAUAGCAGAGCAAUUAAGCGAGACUUCCAGCACGUUGGCGGAGUCCGUGCGCUAUGCUGGCGAGAAGCUGCGCCGUGCAGGCAAGCUGUUUGUUGCUGGGGGCUUCCAAAUGCCUGUGGAUCCGCGGUUUUCACGCGGGGAGCGUGGUGAGUGGGGCCAACAAACCUACAACAGCUUCUAUGGCUGGGGGGAGCCAAGCCCCGAGGCACAAUUGGAAGAGGAAGCGCCUGCGGGGACUCCAGCGGCCCAGUUGGUGGAGAGCAUCAAGGUGGAAGUGGCGGAUGCAAGUGCUGGAGGCGAAAAAGAACUCCGCACAGUGCUACGGCAACUGGUGCGGCGCCUUCAUCCGGAUCAGAAUCCUGGUAAGGAGGCGGAGGUGUUGCCUGCCUUUCGGUAUAUCCAACGCCUUCGUUCUCAGGAGGCGGAUCGCAGGCGAUAG